UAUCGUUCUUCGGAUGUUUCACUGUAUUAAUCAACAACAUCAACAAUCAAGAUUAGUCAAGUCAAAACAAUUAGAAUAUUCCUUACAAUUUUCACUUGUAUUUUGCUUUCCCUACAUUUAAAAAUAAAUUAGGUAUAACUGCAAAGAAGGUAAUUUUUAAUCUCCAAUCGCAAGGCAAAGCGAAUUUUGAAGUGUUUUUUUAAAAAACUAUUGGCUCAUCUAAGGACUUUUAGGAAAAUUUUCUCUAUAUUAUCAGAGUCAAAAAUGGAUAAUUCGCUUGUUAAAAAAAGCGAUAGCUCCACUUUACAAAUGCCUUUACUGCAGCCACUAAGCAUACCAAGUGUGACACUUCAUUUGGAAGCCACUCGAUAUUUCAGUAACAGAAUUCUUAGCGUUUCCUUUACAGAAGAGAACGGAUGGUGUGUCAAAGAAAUUGAGAUACCACUUGAGGCUUUAAAUAAUUUCAAGAAGCAGGAGGACAAUAAGGCACCUUCUAGAAUAUCUAGAAGUGGAAGAAGACAGUCCACUUCAACUGAUUCAAAAUCGGAUAUCGAAGAUGUAAAAGUCAAGAAGAAUGAGAAGUUCAAGGAUAUCAAAGAUAUCAAGAAACUAAUGAAACUGAAGUAUUUAUUAUUCGGAACAACUUCGGAUGAGCUUGCUCCUAAAUCUUACACAGUAAUGCUUAAUGGCAAAGAGAAACGCUAUCACUGUAUCGAAUGUUCUUUUAAUUAUCAAACUGCAGUGAGAGUUGCUGAGCAUUUUUAUACUGAACAUAACCCAGGGACAAAUUUUAAAUGUCCUUAUUGCAGUAACGGAUUUAAAUUGCGAAACACAUUAAAAAUUCAUCUUAUUACUGUGUGCAAAAUAAUACCUGUCGCUGACAGAGCGAAUAUCCUGAACACCACAAAGAAGAAUUUUCUACAAACUGAUGUGUAAGGAGAUUUCCAAAGAUGACUUACGUUUCUUCCUCUUUUUUGCAAAUUUCGAUUUAAUUUUUUAAUAUAUUUAUAAUAAUCAGAAGGAAUAUUUAUUUUCUUUGUUAGUUAAAUUGAAGAUGAUCUCGAAUUUUUUGUUGUAUAACUAUUUUUUUUACUAUUCUUCAAUGUUUUUCAUUGUAAUUGUCUGGUUAGGUUAAAAGUUUCUUAUCAAAAGACAUGUAAUUUAAGUGUCAGGAAUGGAUAAUAAGAUUUUUUUUAUCAAUAUUGAUGAGGUGAAGUAUAUUUACUAGUCGUUGAGUUUAAGAGAGAAAAAUUGUGUUUAAAACGCAGAGCGGUAAAUCAUGAUAUUUAAUGAUUUUAGUUUCUGUAAAUAUCUAUUUUGGUUUGAUAAAAGUGACUGCAGAAAUAUGUUAUAUUUGUAGACGAAUGAAAGAAGUUUCCUACAAUUACAGAAGUUGUAUGUAUAAAUACAAUAAGCAUAAUGCUAUAAAAGUAUCUUUAAAAGUGUAUCGAAAAUGUUAUUUAUGCAAUAUAACUUAUUUAAUAUGAAUAUGAAAAUUA